CAUCAGCCAGGGAAAUUCGACGUAAAGAAGUUAUAGAACGACACCGAGUACUAGAAAGAAUAAUUGAAACUAUUAAGUGUAUCGGAAAAAAUAGUAUGAGUUACAGAUCUCAUACAAAUGAAUCUUCAUAUACUUUAGUAAAUAAUAAUGUGAGUCAUGGCAACUUUUUAGAAUUAUUAUGUUUAAUAUCAAAAUUUGAUGAUGUAUUAAGACACCAUUUAGAAAACGUAAUUAAUAAAAGCAAAAACAGACUUGAAUCAAAUUCUACUAUAACUAAAGGCAGAGGAAAUCUUAUCACCUUUAUUUCAAAAACUACAGUUACAUAUAUCAUACAAAUACUCAAAUCAUUAAUACAAGAAAAAAUUGUAGCAGACAUAAAAGAAGCAGGAAUAUACUCCAUUCAAAUUGACAGCACUCAAGAUGUAUCAGUUAAAGAUCAGCUCUCAAUAAUUAUACGCUAUGUAACAGAUCGAGUUGAAGAGCGUCUAUUAUCCAUGGUAGAAAGUCAUUCAGGCGAAGGACGCUAUUUAUUUGAAUUAACUGAAAAAACGUUAUUAUUACAUGAACUUGACAUAGCUAAUUGCAUUUCAGAUAGCACAGAUGGUGCAUCAAACAUGCAAGGUCAGUAUGCAGGAUUUACUACAUGGCUUGAAAAUAAAUCUCCAGGACAUAUCCAUACAUGGUGUUACGCACACGUGCUGAAUUUAGUUAUGAAAGAUACCAGCGAGACUAAUGUGCCCUCUAUUAGUUUAUUUGGUCUGAUAAACAAAUGUGCUGUAUUUUUUCGUGAAUCAUAUCGUAGAAUGGACACAUGGGUUAAUCAAUUAGAAAAAUGUCAUUCAAAACAAAAUUCAUUAAAACGUUUGAUCAAAGCAAAUUCAACACGAUGAUGGUCAAAGAGUAAUGCACUUAAUAGAAUUUUUGGCCAGUAUGGAAAUUCAGAUACAGCGCUGUUUGUAGAUUUAGUUCAUUCGUUAUAUUUAAUAUCAUCGUCAGAAAAAUUUAAUAAAAACACUAGAUCCGACGCUUUGACAUUACUUAACAGCAUAACUAAAUUUGAGAUUAUAAUAACAGCCAAUAUUUACUUGAAAAUAUUUCAAACAACCACUCCUCUGUCCAACUAUUUACAAACUUCUGGACUAGAUUUUAUGCAAGCUCAUCGUCUAGUUCGAUCGUCAAUUGAUACAUUACAAAAACAAUCCAGAUGUUUUGAAGAAAUAUAUGAAACUGCUAAAACUUUCGCAGUCACUCAAAACAAAAAGUUAGAAGAAAUGGAUUCUGAAGUUGAAGUAGAAACAUCAUUUCCGGUCACUAGAUGUCGUGGUAAAAAAGAUAAAUAUAAAACUAAAAAGACUGAUGAAUUACCAGCUGACGCCACCCAACGAUAUAAAAUAAGUGGGUUUAAUUGCAUAAUGGAUUCUAUUAUCUCAAGCUUACAGGAACGAUUUACUAAGCACAAGGACUUAUACACCGACAUGUCAUUUUUUGACCCAAGAAAUUUUCCAAUUAAAUCUGAAAGUAUAUCAGGGAAAAAUAUUUUUAAAAAAAUAACUCAGCUAAUAUGUCAGCAUUUGAAUGAAAAUAAAAAGUCAGAGUUCGGUGAUGAUGAAUCUCGUAUGACAGAACGAAUUGAAGUUUUAUUACGAGAAGAGUUAAUAGAUUUUUCACAAAAAUGGCCCUAUAUUAAAAAAACUAUUCAAGAUGAAUAUGAACACGAAAACAUCGAUAAUCCAGGUAAAAUAAUAUACACUUGAGUAUUCUGUAAAUUAAUAUUUUAUGGUUUGUAUAGACAGUGUUGAUGAAGAUGAUGAAUCGGAGUCUGUAGUGAACGACGUAUGCACUAUAAUUAAAAAGGAAUCUUGCAGAAAUUGUUUAAGAUGUUGUUUUACUUUAUUACAUAAGUAUAACAUGUAUAGUAAAGCAUAUGUUAUGCUAUAUAAAGCUUAUAAAAUAUUAUUAACUUUAUCCAUUACGCAAGUAGCUUGUGAACGAGCCUUCUCAAAAUUAAAGCAGGUGAAAACCGUUUAUAGGAAUAGUAUGACACAGGACAACCUAGAAGCUUUUGUUUUAAUGGCUACAGAAAAAAGUAUUUUAAGUGAUAUACCGUACCAAACUGUCAUAGACCGUUUAGCUCAAAAAAGCAAAACACUCCACAAAUUAUUAAUUCCUUGAUCAAAUAAAUAAUCAUUACCAUAUAUUUCUAAAAUGUUUUAUCUAUCUUCUGUUAGUAUUAAUUAUAAUUUGAAUAUUCAACUGAGAAAGUGUGUGGUAUUUUAAACGUAAGUAGUGUACUAGUGUAAUAGUGUAUAAGAUUAGACCUUAGACAAUAUGUUAAUAUAAUGCUUAAGCAGUUCCGGCACCGCCGUCGAUGUCACAAAAAAAAAAGACUUUAGCCAAUGGUUUAUGGGCAAUGGGCCGCUUGAAAAAAAAUUCCCGGGCCGCUCUGAAGGAGCCAGUCCGCCCCUGCCUAGUUAU